AUGAUCAGUAUCGUCCGUAACUACGAGUAUUUCGCGGAGCGUAUGGUUUAUAAACUCGAAUGGAAACUGAUAUUGAAACUUUUGAUUGGAAUUGCUGCUGGCCUUGAAACGCUGGCCCAUCGCAAUGGUCAGGCGCAAACGCUGCUUAAUUUGUUUUGCCGUCAUCAGUAUGACAUCUACCAUACGACCACCUCGGUCGCUGGAGUUGCGCCUGUGGCGCGGAUGUGCGAUGAAGUAUUUGCAUGCAGUUUGGUAGAAGGCUUGCAUCUUGGCCGAUCGUUCGUGCUCGCCCACGAAAUGGGACACAAGUGCUGCCUCAUUCUUUAUUUUAUUGAAAAUGCAAAUUCUUAA